AUGGAGAGCGAAUGUGAGGAGGGCUGUGGUUCCACGUCGUUCCGCAUCGGCGACGAUGGUUACACCUACUGUACAGAGGGGCAUCGUCAAUGGCAGCGAGGAACACAAGUAGUCGAAGACACUGAAGGUGUGCCAUUGUUCGGCAAAAAGGCACGAAGAGAACGAGACAUCGAAGAGAGUGUCGAGACUGCUUUGACUGGCAAAAGAGCCUUCGAGCACUAUCUGUUGUGUUUUCAACUAGUAUUAUGGAAACAGGUAUACUGGCUGGUCAACACAAAACAUCUUCCCAAAGAGCUCGAAACAUUGGUCCGCGACAUCUGGGCUCUACGCUUGCAGAGCCUGCAAUCUCGUGUCAGCUACGAGUCAGAAAGCGAGGCCGAGCAGAGCUCACAACUAUACAGUUCUCAGUCGGAGGCGGAGAGAACUGAUGAUACAUCACAGAAGCGCCGGGCGAGAAAGAGUAAGAAUGACGCUGUUCCUAAGCUCGUCGAUGCCUUGAGCAUGUGUUACAUCGGAUGCCUGCUGCUCAGACUGCCAGUGACAGUCAGCGACAUCUACACAUGGGCGGCCAGUGGUGACUUGAUCUACUACAGAGCUGUCAGGGUUCUCUCGGAGUCGAUGAAAUCGCGCCUUCCAUUCAACUACAACAAAAUCAUGGAUCCGCAAGACAUCCUCAAUCCAGGAGCAGUACAGCAGGCGGUCCUUGACAACAUCACAGCCUUUGACCGCGCUUUCGGCAUGGUCACUCCACCUAUCAACCAUAUUCUCAUCCUCUACCGAUGGAUCCGGAAUCUUGCGCUCCCUCUCGAGGUAUACUCAGCGACUCUCCGUCUAGCCAAAUUGCUCGACAUUACAUUCGUCUACGAUGUACAGGUCAAACGAUCCUCGAGGUACAGAAUUGUUCAAUAUGCUGAAGCUCGACUUAUGGGUGUCCUCGUCGUCGCGACUAAGUUGUUGUUCCCUCUGGACAAUGUCAAACGGUACCCCAAGAACCCCACUGAGCUUUCUGCUCUGAGUAUGGACUGGUCGACUUGGAGCAAAGCACGGGUAGAAUACAAUGAGACGAUCAAAUCUGCCACACCACUAGGCUAUCAAGAGGCCAUGCAAGUCCAAGAGAAAGACGUACUCGACAUGUCCGAAGACAAGCUUGAUGAGUAUAUGGACUGGUAUGGUUCCGUCUUUGCAGAAGAAAAUGUACGUGAGAAAGGAAGAGUAGGUAAAGAGGCCGAAUUCCGCAGAGCUCUGCUCCGCUUCUUUCCUGUUGAGCGCAUAAUCCAAGAGUCACCCGAUGCCAUGGAUCUGGAUAAGGAAGCAGAGACGGUACCCGAAGACGAGCGACUGAAGAAAGUACAAAGCAGUCUGAGACCUGCGCGUGUCAAGGCAGACGUUGCAUCGACUGAGAACAAGGUCAAUCGUCCUGGCAACAGCUACAAGCGAUACAGAAAUGCGGGAGAGCUUGAAGGGUACGCAAGAGAGUUUUACGAGGAGGCUGCAUGCCUGGCUGGAUUACCCUUGAGCUCACUGGUCAAAUGUGUGUUCAUUCUAGAGAGAAGAUUGGAGAUAUGGGAGAGUGGCGAGAGGAAGAAGUAG